AGCUCAUAUUUGCCAAGAAAACAGAAUGCGAAUGGGAAGCCGUGUUUCUGCUUGAGGCAGUAGGAAGCAGAAGGAGACCAAAAAGUCGUCUUAAUGUUAAGCAAAACUUUGAAUCAGCAUUUAAAUUAGAUAUGCUUUAACGGCUGAUGUUAUUUGAAAGCUGAAUAGCCAAUGUCAAAAAUAGAUUUCCCUUUCUUUCCAAAGUGCAGACGGGGUCCAGAAAGGGGCAAAAAUAACCACAUGCCUUUCUUGGACUCCUGACUCUUACCACCCAAAGGGUUUUCUUGUGUAGGAACCAACAAUUCCUUGGAUGGAAACACUGGAUAGGCUAGUCAUUAUUUUGAGAUUGAAGGGACUGCAGAUUCUUGGCAGACCUCUGUUGUUUUUCUAGAGUUGUAGGCAAGUAGUUGGACAAAAAGCAAGAAGCUGAUCCAUGUUGCUGGCUUUGGAUUCUUUGUGAACAAAUGAGACAAGUUGCAAGUGGAUGGCAAGCUUCCUUGUGACUUCUCAUCCUGGCAAUUUUCUGGAGUGUUUGUGAUUGGACUUUAACAUUUCCAAAAUGUGGCGACAGUGACUGUUAAGUCUUCCCGAGACGAGGGUUCCUGGGAGCCCCAGGGCUGCAAGCAUCAGGACAGCAGAGACCAGAUUCAUCAUUGAAUCCUCAACAUCUAGCACAACAUGCCUGGCAUAAGAUAUAUCGAGGUGUACAGACUAUAUUUUUGUUGAUUUAUAAUUCAACUGCAUUGUAGUAAUGGAACCCAGUCUACAUAAAGCUGAUAUUUAAAAAUUUGGUUGGACUUCUUUUGUGACCCAGCACAUGACGAAGAAUCCAAAGACCAGGGACAGUAAGUAAUUUGCUCACCUGGUUUGCCAGCCUCCAUGACACCAUGACACAUCGCCGUCCAGUUCUGCCUUUAAUUACAAAGCACAACACGCUGCUUUGAUUCUCCUCUCCUCGGCACCAGAAUUCAAGGGUGAAGUUAAACCGCAAGGGCUGAGUUAGAAGAUUGGCCUCAGUUCCCUGUUCCCACCAGCAGGUGGCACCGUCUCCUAGCGGAAUUCUUACUUGAACGUUUUGCUUCCAUUUCUGCAGAGGCAUGGUGAACUCAGUUACACCAUCAAAGUGUUCCUCCUGGCUGAGUUUGCCUAUCUUGUUCAGUGAAGACAACCCAUGAGGACAAAUGGUGUUAAUGAGAAGCUUUUGCGGAGUUACAGAGAUCCUCGUAUUUCUUUAAAAUACACCUAAUAACGUUAACUCUGCAAUAAUUUGUAGAUCAUUCUAAAUCUUAGCUAUCUUCCUCUUGCCACCCAGUGUGCUUCAAGCCACAUGGUUCAGAGCACCAUUUAAUGUGAAACUCCAAUUUUAAAACAAAGUGAACCUUCCUUUUACAAAACCAUGAGACAAGUUACAGAGUAAUGACCACCCACAUGACCUUGAAGUGAUUUUGAGUGAGUGAGUGUAACUUCCGUGGCUGCCAUUUAAAUUGGAUUCAAAUCCAAAUGGCUCCACCUCCAUGUCAUCGGACCUCUUGUGCCCUCAUUCCCUUGGCUAAGUUCAUAGUACCUUCUACAUCAGGUUGUGGCAAUGAUUACCUGAGGUUAAUACGAUAAAAGCACAUGGUAAGCACUCCUAAAUGAUAGCCAAUAUAAAGACUCAGUUCUCCCAAUUCCAAGGGUCCCCACCAUGAUAGAAAAGGAUCUUUUGGUAAAUAGAGUAUGUUUAGCUCUUGCUAGGUCUUUAAAUACUUUGCUGGGGGCCAGGCACCAUGGCUCACACCUGUAAUCCCACCGCCUUAGGAGACUGAGGCUGGAGGAUCCUUUGUGGCCAAGAGCCUGAGACCAGCCUGGGCAACACAGCAAGACCCUAUUUCUACAAAAAUAAAAAUAAAAAUUAGCCAGGCUUUGUACACACUUGUAGUCCCAUUACUUGGGAGGCUGAGGCAGGACGAUCCCUCAAGCCCAAGAGUUCAAAGCUGUAGUGAGCUAUGAUUGCGCCACUGCACUCCAGCCUGGGUGACAGAGUAAGACUCUGUUUCAAAACAACAACAACAACAACAAACAAAAACCUCAAAAUCUCUUUGUUGGACUUAACUUCCAUCUCCUCCAUAUAGUACCUUAGUACCCUUGCAGCCCGUUUCUCUUUUACAAGACAACAAUGUUGUUAUAAACUCAUUUGGAAAUGGUCCCGUGGAGGAGUAUUUACCAAAAUUUAGCUUACUUAGCGUCUUCAGAACAUGGCACUUGCCUGGAAUUAUACUGACCCCCUCAACCCAUACCAACCACCCAGAGAUGGCUGUUCUUGGCUCCUCUCCCUGGGGCCCUGUCCUUCCCACAUCGUCUUCUUCUUCUUUCUUCUUCCUUCUUCCUUCUUCCUCUUCCUCUUCCUCUUCUUCUUCUUCUUUCUUCUUUUAUUGAGACACAGUCUCACUCUGUCACCCAGCCUGGAGUGCCGUGGUAUGAUUUCAGCUCACUGUAACUUCUGCCUUGUGGGUUCAAGUGAUUCUCCUGCCUCAGCCUCCAGAGUAGCAGGGACUACAGGUGUGUGCCACCACACCUGGCUAAUUUUUACAUUUUUAAGUAGAGACGGGGUUUCACCAUGUUGGCAAGGCUGGUCUUGAACUCCUGAUCUCAGGUGAUCUGCCCGCCUCAGCCUCCCAAAGUGCUGGGAUUACAGGCGCGAGCCACCCCACCCAACCCUUCUCACGUGUUCUGGCAGGGAAUGCUGUUGUCCCCCAAGCCUACCCUGAGAGGAAGACUUCUUCUGGGGAAAGAUGUUCACUGUACCCAGGCCCUGCCCUGGCUGGAGCUGGCAGGAAGGGUCCCAGAGCAGGAACUUGUGCCACUCUGCCCAAAGCCAGAGUCCCUGAGGCACACACCCCAUCAGGCACCAAGGUGAAUUCCAACUGCCAGUUAGUAUUUAACUUUCCACAUACGAUUAGAUUAAACAUGUGGGUUCAUAAAAGCGUAGGAUUGCAGACUGCAGUUGCAAGGGCUUAGAUGGUCGUAAGGUGAAGGUGCCCAGCAGGCUGAGGCUUGUGUGCAACCCAGAAGAGAGCUCGCUAACGCCAGCAAGAAGGUUCAGAACAGCCUGGCUUUGGAAAGGAAUUUCAUCCUGCCCACACACUGCAUAGCAGGAGGGAAGCAUGUCUACUUUAUCCAAUUUCACACAGACGCUGGAAGACGUCUUCCGAAGGAUUUUUAUUACUUAUAUGGACAAUUGGCGCCAGAACACAACAGCUGAGCAAGAGGCCCUCCAAGCCAAAGUUGAUGCUGAGAACUUCUACUAUGUCAUCCUGUACCUCAUGGUGAUGAUUGGAAUGUUCUCUUUCAUCAUCGUGGCCAUCCUGGUGAGCACUGUGAAAUCCAAGAGACGGGAACACUCCAAUGAUCCCUACCACCAGUAUAUUGUAGAGGACUGGAAGGAAAAGUACAAGAGCCAAAUCUUGAAUCUAGAAGAAUCGAAGGCCACCAUCCAUGAGAACAUUGGUGCGGCUGGGUUCAAAAUGUCCCCCUGAUAAGGGAGAAAGGCACCAAGCUAACAUCUGACGUCCAGACAUGAAGAGAUGCCAGUGCCACGAGGCAAAUCCAAAUUGUCAUUGCUUAGAAGAAAGUGAGUUCCUUGCUCUCUGUUGAGAAUUUUCAUGGAGAUUACGUGGUUGGCCAAUAAAGAUAGAUGACAUUUCAAUCUCAGUGAUUUAUGCUUGCUUGUUGGAGCAAUAUUUUGUGCUGAAGACCUCUUUUACUUUCUGGGCAAGUAAAUGUCAUUUUAAUCAAUAUCAAUGAUGAAAAUAAAACCAAAUUUGAAGUAAAGUGUCUGGGCAGUGGCCGUGGGGAUAGAAAGGAGAGAUUUACAAAUCAUUGAAUCUUCUUUCUCAUGAAACAUCAUUUGUGUGUGACAAAUUCAAUUUAUAAAUAACCCAGAUGUAUUAUGUAGAAGCUGAGGCUCAAAAGCUAUCACUUGCUUACCAGACUGACAUAGGAGCAUUUAUCUGUAAUAUUAAUUCAUGAGUGUGGAGUCUGAAGAGAUGAAUAAACGAACCAUAAGAUUA